UUGCGUUGUGUAGCCGAGGUGUGGAGUGAUACCGAAACGUCUCACAUCCGCUGACAAAUAAUUUCAUGACGCCGCUGUGUGUGUCGCUGCUGUGAUAGGCCUGUCGUUCUCCUGAUAAGCCUGUCUCGUGGCCGGGCUGUGGAGCAGAGGAGGGGCUCGAGACAUGAAGAGAUUCUGGCUGGAGGACGCGUGGCACUGGUCAAGUACUGCCAGGAUGACCCUCCGCACAGUGCCAGGGGGACUCUGCUUGUACUACUUGUUCAUCAUUAUUUGUGUACAUUUCGUGCCUUCUUCGUCUACUGUAGGAGAGACUUGUGACAUCCAUACACUUUCAUCAUGUCCAGCUAAUGAACUAUGUGAGCAAGUGAAUAAGACUUCAGCAAUAUGUAAAUGUUUGCCAACAGUCAAAUGUGAUGACCCCCAGCCUCCACCAGAGCCUCCAGGGAACCACUUGGGCUUGGCUCUGGGUCUGAGUAUCACAAUUUUCCUCUUGCUGGUGAUUCUCAUCCUGAUUGUGCUGCAUCGCAAAUUUGGUCUAUUUUCUGGUAUGUGUGACCGUUUUCCUUCCCUCCGUCACCUCACCAUUAGAAGUGGAGACAUUAUUAUGGUGGACAAUGAUGAUGAGCCUGAUAUUAAUCCCAUAGCCUGAUGAUGUUAAAGGUUGAGGGUGUGGCAGAUGUUAAUCUCAUAGCCUGAAGAAUAUUUUAUUCUGUAUUCAGUGAUGUGUUUGGGAAGAUGGUUUUCUCAGUCUCAUAGCUGUUCCUCUCAUUGUGAUGAGAAAUACCUGCUUAUAUCAGUUAUGAAAGUAUUAAGGAAAACACUACUGAUUUUAUUUUUAAGACACAAAGUAUGUUUUAUAUAAUUGUUUUAUAGGAACAAGGUGCACUUCUUGGUUGUGUUUUCAAGAGUGAAUCACAGAGAGGCUGAUAGAGUUGUAGGUUUAAUUACAUAGGAUUAUUCUUCAACAAUUUUGUUUAAUUGUGUUUUUGCUAGUUUCAGCAAGUGAUAUUUUACUGAUGUAGAUCCAUGCCAUAGAGCAAGUUGACUGGUAUUAGCUUUAACAUUAUGGAGAAUACCCAUUAUGAAUUGGAUAUGCUAUAUGUAACUUCACUGAAAAAUUUGUAUUGUCUGUAAUUCCUUGAGGGAAGUCUGCCAUAAUGAGAAACUGUUGAAGCAAAUGAAGGACAAGUAUUAUAUUGUAAAUUAUUGACUGAAGUCAAUGUGUCAGGCAAGUCUGUCAUUCUUGUUAAGGUAAUGUAUAGUAUAAAAGUGUCAUUUCUAUCAAACCACCACCUCUCCUGGAUGUGAAUCCAAACCACCCAUCCUUCAGCCCUUGGAUACUGUCUCUCUUGUCCAUCUAGCACACAGCUUGAGUGUUUCCCAUUGUGAGAUCAUCACCAUUAUGUCUUCUGUCAUUCUGGUAUGGUGUUGCUGUUUAUUGAAGUUACAUCACUGUUGACUUGCUGUAACUCAUUAAGACGUAUCCAUUGAAAGCAGAUGAAAAUGCCCGGAAGCAAAGACACACAUAAUGCCUGACACUGUUUACAGAUCACUGUUUUGUCUUAAUGAUUUCACAGGCAGUAGCAUUGUUGUUUGGCUGAGCUAUCACAUUGCCAUUUUGAUAUGCUUUUAUAUAUAUAUGCAAUAGCAAGAAAAUAAAAAAUGUUCUAAUAAGCUGCCCAAAUUUCUUACAGAAGUGUAUAAUGCAUGAAGGAAAUAUCAAUUAAUGAAUAUCUCAGACUUUCUUAAUGUUGUUUCAAGGACUUGUAAUUUUAAAGGCAAAUGAUCUGAUCCAUGGAUAUUGUAUAUUCUUACCUUGCCAUUCUGUUUAAUUCUCAUCCCAACUCAUCAGGAUGAAGUCCCCAACAUUCCUUCGAUGUGUAAACAUAACUUGUUUUUUUUAAUAAGAACAUUUUGGGAAGUCAUCCAUUGCUCCUGCAAUGUAUGAAAUAAGAUUCUGAGCAAAAUAAACUUCAAUAAUUCUUGAAAUUUGUCUCUGCAUUACUCAAGCAUGGAGGAAUGACUAAGCAUUAUGGUAAUUUUUAUUGUUAGUGUACAAUAUAAAGUUAAAUAUAAAAUGCAAGCAGACUGCUGUGCAUAUACUGUUGGGAGAAGAGACUACUGGUGUGUAUAUGCUGGUGGGGAAAGAAAGUGAAGCAUUCACACAGGAAUGCAAGGAACAUGAAGAAUCAAAAGAGCUGCCA